CCCGGUUCCUGGGCGGAAAACGCAGCCUCUCUUAUUUCUUUUGGCUUUGCCGCCGCCGCCGCUUCUGCCAUGGGUUUCCUGAAAUUGAUUGAGAUCGAGAAUUUUAAGUCGUACAAAGGGCGACAGAUCAUCGGACCAUUUCAGAGGUUCACGGCCAUUAUUGGACCUAAUGGCUCUGGUAAGUCAAAUCUCAUGGAUGCCAUCAGCUUUGUGCUGGGUGAAAAGACCAGCAAUCUGCGAGUAAAGACUCUGCGAGAUCUGAUCCAUGGAGCUCCUGUAGGCAAGCCAGCUGCUAACCGGGCUUUUGUCAGCAUGGUCUAUUCUGAGGAAGGUGCUGAGGACCGCACCUUUGCCCGCGUCAUUGUUGGGGGUUCUUCUGAAUACAAAAUCAACAACAAAGUGGUCCAGCUACAUGAGUACAGUGAGGAAUUGGAGAAGUUGGGCAUUCUCAUCAAGGCUCGUAACUUCCUCGUCUUUCAGGGUGCUGUGGAGUCUAUUGCCAUGAAGAACCCUAAAGAGAGGACAGCUCUAUUUGAAGAGAUCAGUCGCUCUGGAGAAUUGGCCCAGGAGUAUGACAAGCGAAAGAAGGAAAUGGUGAAAGCUGAAGAGGAUACUCAGUUUAAUUACCAUCGUAAGAAAAAUAUUGCAGCAGAACGGAAGGAGGCCAAACAGGAAAAGGAAGAGGCCGACCGUUACCAGCGCCUUAAGGAUGAGGUGGUGCGAGCCCAGGUCCAGCUGCAGCUCUUUAAGCUUUACCACAAUGAAGUAGAAAUUGAGAAGCUCAACAAAGAACUGGCCUCUAAGAAUAAGGAAAUCGAGAAGGACAAGAAACGUAUGGACAAGGUAGAAGAUGAGCUGAAGGAGAAGAAGAAGGAACUGGGCAAAAUGAUGCGGGAGCAGCAGCAGAUUGAGAAGGAGAUCAAGGAGAAGGACUCAGAGUUGAAUCAGAAGCGGCCUCAGUACAUCAAAGCCAAGGAAAAUACCUCUCAUAAAAUCAAGAAGCUGGAAGCAGCCAAAAAGUCUCUGCAGAAUGCUCAAAAGCACUACAAGAAGCGUAAAGGUGACAUGGAUGAGCUAGAGAAGGAGAUGCUGUCAGUAGAGAAAGCCCGGCAAGAAUUUGAAGAACGGAUGGAAGAGGAGAGUCAGAGUCAGGGCAGAGAUUUGACCUUGGAAGAGAACCAGGUGAAGAAGUACCAUCGGUUGAAAGAGGAAGCCAGCAAGAGAGCAGCUACCCUGGCCCAGGAGCUGGAGAAGUUCAAUCGAGAUCAGAAAGCUGAUCAGGACCGACUAGAUCUGGAAGAACGGAAAAAAGUUGAGACAGAGGCCAAAAUCAAGCAAAAGCUUCGAGAGAUUGAAGAGAAUCAGAAGCGGAUUGAGAAACUAGAGGAAUACAUUACUACAAGCAAGCAAUCCCUAGAGGAGCAAAAGAAGCUAGAAGGGGAACUGACAGAGGAAGUGGAAAUGGCCAAACGACGAAUUGAUGAGAUCAAUAAGGAGCUAAACCAGGUGAUGGAACAGCUAGGGGAUGCCCGCAUUGACCGCCAGGAGAGUAGCCGCCAACAGCGAAAGGCAGAGAUUAUGGAAAGCAUCAAGCGCCUUUACCCUGGCUCUGUGUAUGGCCGCCUCAUUGACCUCUGUCAGCCUACACAAAAGAAGUAUCAGAUUGCUGUCACCAAGGUUUUGGGCAAGAAUAUGGAUGCCAUUAUUGUGGACUCAGAGAAGACAGGCCGGGACUGCAUUCAGUAUAUUAAGGAGCAGCGUGGAGAGCCCGAGACCUUCUUGCCUCUUGACUACCUGGAGGUGAAACCUACAGAUGAGAAACUCAGGGAACUCAAGGGGGCCAAGCUAGUGAUUGAUGUGAUCCGCUAUGAGCCACCUCACAUUAAAAAGGCCUUGCAGUAUGCUUGUGGUAAUGCCCUUGUCUGUGACAAUGUGGAGGAUGCCCGCCGCAUUGCGUUUGGAGGCCACCAGCGCCACAAGACAGUGGCAUUAGAUGGGACCCUGUUCCAGAAGUCUGGAGUAAUAUCUGGUGGGGCCAGUGACCUGAAGGCCAAGGCAAGACGCUGGGAUGAGAAAGCAGUAGACAAGUUGAAAGAGAAGAAGGAGCGAUUGACAGAGGAGCUGAAAGAGCAGAUGAAAGCAAAGCGGAAAGAGGCCGAACUGCGUCAGGUGCAGUCUCAGGCUCAUGGACUACAGAUGCGGCUCAAGUACUCACAGAGUGACCUAGAACAGACCAAGACAAGACAUCUAGCCCUGAAUCUACAGGAAAAGUCCAAGCUGGAGAGUGAACUAGCCAACUUUGGGCCUCGCAUCAAUGAUAUCAAAAGGAUCAUCCAGAGUCGAGAAAGAGAAAUGAAAGACUUGAAAGAGAAGAUGAAUCAGGUAGAAGAUGAAGUAUUUGAAGAGUUUUGUCGGGAGAUUGGUGUGCGUAACAUCCGGGAGUUUGAGGAAGAGAAAGUGAAGCGACAGAAUGAGAUUGCCAAGAAGCGUCUGGAAUUUGAGAAUCAGAAGACUCGUUUAGGUAUCCAGUUGGAUUUUGAAAAGAAUCAACUGAAGGAAGACCAAGAUAAAGUGCACAUGUGGGAGCAGACAGUGAAAAAGGAUGAAAAUGAGAUAGAAAAGCUCAAGAAGGAGGAGCAGAGACACAUGAAGAUCAUAGAUGAGACUAUGGCCCAGCUACAAGACCUGAAGAACCAGCACCUGGCCAAGAAAUCAGAGGUGAAUGACAAGAAUCAUGAGAUGGAGGAGAUUCGCAAGAAACUGGGCGGAGCCAACAAGGAAAUGACUCACUUACAGAAGGAGGUGACAGCUAUUGAGACCAAGCUUGAACAGAAGCGCAGUGACCGCCACAACCUGCUACAGGCCUGUAAGAUGCAGGAUAUCAAGUUGCCACUGUCUAAGGGGACCAUGGAUGAUAUUAGUCAGGAAGAGGGUAGCUCCCAGGGGGAGGAUUCAGUGAGUGGCUCCCAGAGAACUUCCAGUAUCUACGCACGAGAGGCCCUCAUCGAGAUUGACUAUGGUGAUCUGUGUGAGGAUCUGAAGGAUGCCCAGGCUGAGGAAGAGAUCAAGCAGGAGAUGAACACACUGCAGCAGAAGCUAAAUGAGCAGCAGAGCGUGCUCCAGCGUAUUGCUGCCCCCAACAUGAAGGCCAUGGAAAAGCUGGAAAGUGUCCGAGACAAGUUCCAGGAGACCUCGGAUGAGUUUGAGGCAGCCCGAAAGCGAGCCAAGAAGGCCAAGCAGGCAUUUGAACAAAUCAAGAAGGAACGCUUUGACCGUUUCAAUGCUUGUUUUGAAUCUGUGGCGACCAACAUCGAUGAGAUUUAUAAGGCACUGUCCCGCAACAGCAGUGCCCAGGCAUUCCUGGGCCCUGAGAACCCUGAGGAACCCUACUUGGAUGGCAUCAACUAUAACUGCGUAGCUCCUGGCAAACGCUUCCGACCUAUGGACAACUUGUCAGGGGGAGAGAAAACAGUAGCAGCUCUGGCUCUGCUGUUUGCCAUCCACAGCUACAAACCAGCUCCCUUCUUCGUACUGGAUGAAAUCGAUGCUGCCCUGGAUAACACCAACAUUGGCAAGGUAGCAAAUUAUAUAAAGGAACAGUCGACUUGCAACUUCCAAGCCAUUGUCAUCUCUCUCAAGGAGGAGUUCUACACCAAGGCUGAGAGCCUCAUUGGAGUCUAUCCCGAGCAAGGGGACUGUGUGAUCAGCAAAGUCCUGACCUUCGACCUCACCAAGUACCCGGAUGCCAACCCCAAUCCCAAUGAGCAAUAGUCUGCUCUCUUGCUCUGUGUGGAUCCCUCAGCUGCACCUCUCCCAAUUUCUGUCUCUCUGGUUUCCUGCCUUCCCCUACCUCCCAGCCCUGUUUGGCAUAGUCAUGGGAAUUUUAGGCUAUAUCAAGCAUGAAGAGGGAGAACAGAGGUGAUGUUAGGCCUGAGUUAGCUCAGAGUUCCUGAGCUAUAUAGGAAAGGGGGUGCUGACCAUUUGUCUGUACCUUGCUUCUCAUCCCCCGCCCCUAUCAACCAUAAUAAUCAUGGUCCCUUUGCCCAUUGUAUGUGUGUGUGUUUGAAAAAUAAUAAAAUAUAUUGGAGACCUGUUUUAUAAGAAGCCUAUGCUGAAUUUGCUUCUAAGCAUUUAGGAUGACAGUACCUCAGACUAUGCAGUUACACAGAACCUCACUAGAUUCUUAAGCAGUCACCCAAAACUGCCCUCAUUCAUUCAUAUAUUCAUUUGCUUAUUUGUCAUACCUAUGUGGAACACCCAGAUUUGUCAAGCUGUCUUUUAGUGAUAUAGAGCUGAACCAGAUGCAGUCUCUACCUUUCUAGUUAGGAGAUGAUACAGGCUUAUGAAUGAAUGAGUGUCAUAGGCAAGGGUACUCUGUUUCAGAAGAGGAAGAUUACCUUCAAGCUUCCUAGAGAAGCUCACAUUUGAGUAGGACCCUGACAUAUUGGUGAAAUUUUAUCAGGCACUUGGUGCUGAGCAGAGAGCCCAGUGGUCUGAACAACCCAGUGGCUGCAAACCAACCCACCAGCCGCUCCUCAGGAGGAAGAUGAGGCUGGCUACUCCCACAACGAUCUACAUCUCAGAAACCUUAAGGAGCAGUUCAGUGUUGUCCUAUAGGUACUCUAUGAGUUUGAAUAGACUCAGUGGCAGUAGAUUUGAUGAGUAGAGCAUAGGACAGAUCAUUUUUAAAUCAUUGACUGGUUUAACUGAAAAAGUCAUUUGAUUUUUGUUUGUCGUUUGUCAGAUAAGUCUAACAAUAUUACCUACCUCCUAGGGUUUAAUGAUGUAUAUCAAUUCCUGGAAGCCUUAUCCCUUCCUGGAGCCCAUUAGGUGCUGACUCCUCAGAAACAAACCUUUUCGUCCCUGAACCCUCAGGGCUUCUGAUCUAGGCUGUUAGAGAUGGGAGGAGCUUCCAAAUCUGGGAGUUUGGGAAUGACCUGGUUGCUGGGGGAAGCCCCAUAAUUAAUGGGAUUUCCCUGGUAAGUGAAGGACCUAAAGAGGCCCAUAUCUUUAGCCAUGUAUGGUAAUUGAAUAUCUUAGCCCUAGUAUGGGUUGUGAGGAAGUAGCGGGGAGAGAAGCUGUGCCAUAUCCCAUUGUAACAUGCUAAGUAAGGUUCCUUUUGAGAACUAAUCUUGUGAGGAUUAGUGAGCCUUUAGUCAUUUUGCAUACACUGUCAGACUUUGACUUAUUCUCAUCUAUAUUUGUAUGCUUUAAAAGUUAAAUCAAGUGGAGAGCAAAUGUUUUGAGAAUGAUGAGGGCAAUGAAUGUACAAAUGUGCUUUACACAAUUGAUGUA